AUGGCAGCGACAGGCAUUACGACGUCCGAGAAACCACCUCGUCUGGGACCCUACAAGCCGACUGUCAUCCUCCAUGGCGGAGCAGGUGCUAUUACUCGCGACAGUCUUCCUCCCGAACUAUGGUCGAAGUAUCAUGCAUCUCUGCUGAAUUAUCUAACUUCGGCACGCAAAUUGCUUGAUUCCGGAGGUUCCGCGCUCGACGCGGCAUGUUAUGCCGUGACUCAAUUCGAGGAUGACCCGUUGUUCAAUUGUGGCCGAGGGUCCGUCUUCACGGAGCAAGGCACAAUUGAAAUGGAGGCAAGUGUAAUGGUUUGCUCUAUAGAGCCUGCAGGACCUCCGGUUGGUGCCAUCAAGCGAGCCGCCGCCGUGAGUCUGAUACGCAACACGCGGCAUCCGAUUCUGCUGGCCAAGGAGGUAUUGACCGCAGCUGAUGAUGAUGGCGGCUUCGGCGGAACCAGCUCGAUGCAUUCCCACCUGAGUGGAAGCCAGGUCGAGGAGUGGGGAUGGAAUGAAAAGGGUCUGGAGAAGAAACCUGACCGCUGGUUCUGGACCAAGAAACGCUGGGAGGAGCAUAGGAGAGGUUUGCAGAAGUCGAACGCUUACACGUUUGAAGAUCUGCUCGCUUCACAGGGCCCUGACUCUGACUCUUCGCCUCUGAGCCCGGAGGAGAAGAUGCUCGAGAGUACAGGCUUUUCUGAUAUUCCAAGUCAAGGUACGGUUGGAGCCGUCUGCCUUGAUUCAUGGGGCAAUCUUGCUGUUGCGACUUCGACUGGCGGUCUUACGAACAAGAAAGCCGGACGGAUCGGGGACACGCCCACUAUAGGAGCGGGCUUCUGGGCCGAAUCAUGGCAAGAAGCUGUUUCACUCUCAGUUGAGAGUGGUCGCUAUGAUGCGAUGCGCAUGCGGCCACACAGUCUUGCUCUUGACCACCUCUGGCGACUGGGCAGCUGGUUUGCACCGUGUCUGAAUGGCUCCGGCUCCGACGUAGAAGACUCACGUUGGAACGAUGCUCCUCCAGCAUAUACCGCUAUUCCUACCCGUACUCCUACUCGAGCCACGUCGUCUCAGGCCUAUUACUCUCCUUUAUGUCCUAACAUGCCAGUGCCUUCUAGAGGCCAGACCCUCCGUCGAGCAGUCGCCAUGUCCGGCACCGGGAACGGCGACUCCUUUCUCCGCACCGAUGCAGUGCGCACAGCAGCGGCCAUGGCGCGAUUUUCGGCCUCGACGUCUCUUGCAGAUGCGGUCACUGCCGUUGCCGGCCCCGGUGGCUUGUUGCAGUCAUCCGCUGGCAACCGUUGGGGCCGGACAGCUGAAGGUCUGGGCGGAAUCAUUGGAGUCGAGCUCAUCGAGAGCGCGGACACUGCAAACCCAGGUAUUUUGUACGGCCACACGAAAGGAAGCGGCCACACAUCGGGUCGGGCUGUGUUCGACUUCAACUGUGGUGGCUUGUUUAGAGCUUAUUACGAGAUAGACGAAGAAGGACAGAAAGAGAAGCCUGUGGCCAUGGUCUUUAGAGAUGAAUACUAA